UAUAUAUAUGUAUAUAUAUAUAUACAACAAAAUCAUAGUUUUACAGUUUCUCCAAAUAUAUACAUACUUAUAUUGUGAAUGAAUGCAUAUGCAAAGUGAUGGACGAAGACGACAAAAACACUCCAGAAAAAAGUCAUUGCCAGUUGUGUGCGCGGGAGCAGCAACCGAAUAAGAAAGCGUGUUAAAUAUAUUUUUAGCAUUAGCAUUAUGUUUUCCCCACCCACCCCUAAAUAACUGAGCAUUACAUAUGAUGUGUAUUUAAAGAACAAAGCCAGACAACUUCUGCAGCUGACUGCUGUCGCCCGCCCGGUCCAAACUUUGAAAUACAUAUACAUACACACAUACAUAAACACUCAAACAGACACACUUCCAUAUACAUCCAUUCAUAUAUAACGUUUUUUGGAUUAAAUCACAUACGAAUGAUGCAACACCACGAAAAUUGUACCAAAAUUGUUAAAAACAUUUAUAAUUUGUAAACUAUUUUUUUAGACUAUCAUACAUAUACAUAUAUAUUAAAAAAGAACUGUAAAAAAUAAAACUCAUUCAUGUUGUAAGACAUUUAUUUCUGGCUUGCAUAACUCAUGCUAUGCCGGGGGUACGCACACACACACACGCGCACGCAUAUUUACAUCAAUGUUUGUUUGUAUACAUGUGUGUCUGUGCCUAAACAUUAUGCCUAGCAACGCCUUUUGUGCUGGAGAGUGAGAAGGUGCGAAUGGCUUGGCCGGCAGCGAGAAGAAGCAGCAGCAUUAGCACGCGGCAGACAAGAAAAAACUUGUUGACAUUGAAAUUUUUGGCAUUUGGCUCUGUGCACAGCUGUUGGGAAGUUUAAAGAACUUUUAACUGUGAAAUCGGUUAAGUUAAAUGACAAUUACGUCUAUACUAAAUAUACUAAUGGAAACGUCAAGUAUAAUGUCAAAUGAUUGCAACUUAUCAGGAAAAUAUAUAUAUAACAACAUUAUAAAAAAUAACUUGUAUGUACACACACCCACACACACACACAUACAGUCAGGCAAUGAUUCCAAGGAUAUAGAGCACACCCAGCUUAGAUAGACACCAAAUUAUGAACAAUAUACAAAACGCACCAGCGCUGCCCAUAAAUGUGGGCGUGGGCAUAAAGAGCGCACGUAGCAACAUCUUCACCGUGGACGGCCUACCCACACAGCAGCUGCAACAGCUAAGCAUCGACUACUCCAGCAUACGGGGCAAGGAUGUGCUCGUGGAGCCCAAUGAGGAGCAACUGGAGUUACUUAAGCGGCGUCUACUCGAUCGCAUCUCCGAUAGCUGCGGCGAGACCAUCUACGAAAUUGGCGUAGGCGAGGAUGGCCGUGAUAGCGGGCUGAAUGUGGAGCAGUUUGAGGCUUCGAUGAGGACUCUACGCAGAUUAGCCUCGGCUAUAGAUGCAGAUCUCGUAGUGCUGCGCGAACGGAAUGUGGAGAAGGGUAAAACGGCACAGUUACUCAUACGCAAGCAUAUCGAUACGACGGACUUUAUGGAGAUACGCGUGGCUGUUGUAGGCAAUGUGGAUGCCGGCAAAUCCACUUUGUUGGGCGUUCUAACGCAUGGAGAGCUGGAUAAUGGGCGUGGCCAUGCCCGACAGCGUCUAUUCCGACAUAAGCAUGAGAUUGAAAGCGGACGCACUAGCUCUGUUGGCAACGAUAUUCUUGGUUUUGAUGGUGUUGGUAAUGUUGUGAAUAAACCGGAUCAUGGUCAUUUGGAUUGGGUGAAGAUUUGCGAAAAGUCGUCGAAGGUGAUCACGUUCAUUGAUCUGGCGGGACACGAGAGAUACCUGAAGACCACAGUAUUUGGCAUGACAGGUCAUGCGCCCGACUUCGGCAUGCUGAUGAUCGGCGCUAAUGCGGGCAUCAUUGGCAUGACCAAGGAGCAUCUAGGUCUCGCCUUGGCUCUGGCUGUUCCUGUCUUUGUGGUGGUCACCAAGAUCGAUAUGUGCCCACCAAAUGUGCUGCAGGAUAAUAUGAAAUUGCUCUUCAAGAUGCUCAAAUCGCAAGGAUGUCGCAAGGUGCCCGUUGUGGUGCGCAGCCAGGACGAUGUGGUGCUGAGUGCAACAAAUUUCGUUAGCGAACGCCUCUGUCCCAUCUUCCAGGUGUCCAAUGUGAACGGCGAUAAUCUAGAGUUGCUCAAAAUGUUUCUUAAUCUCUUGAGCACACGCAUGGCUGGCUCUGAGAAUCUGCCAGCUGAGUUCCAGAUCGAUGAUGUGUACUCGGUGCCAGGUGUUGGCACCGUUGUCUCCGGCACCUGCCUGCAGGGCACCAUUAAGCUAAAUGAUAACCUAAUGCUUGGACCGAAUGCCGUCGGCACCUUUGUGCCCAUUACGAUCAAGAGCAUCCAUCGCAAACGCAUGAACGUGGAGCGUGUCAGGUGUGGGCAGACGGCAAGCUUUGCGCUUAAGAAGAUCAAACGCACCUAUUUGCGCAAGGGCAUGGUCAUGGUAUCACCGGAGCUAAAGCCGCAAGCCUGCUGGGAAUUCGAAGGCGAAAUACUUGUGCUGCAUCAUCCAACAACGAUCUCCGCUCGCUAUCAGGCGAUGGUACACUGUGGUAGCAUACGACAAACGGCGUCGAUUGUGCGCAUGUCCUGCGAUUGCCUGCGCACCGGCGACAAGGCGAGGGUCAAGUUCCGGUUCAUUAAGCAGCCAGAGUACAUACGUGCCGGCCAGCGUUUGGUUUUCCGCGAGGGACGCACCAAGGCAGUUGGCAAUAUCCUGCAACCCAUGCCACAGGCAACUGCUUCACCAUAUCGACCCAAGCCUGCCAAGAUGCAGUCGAGGGCACACAACGGAAGCAAUAGCAGCAACAAUCAGCAGCGCCACAACGGACAGGGCUCAACCUCCUGCUCCUCGGGUGCGGGCUGCAGCAAAGAUAAUGGCGAGGACAACAAACAGAACGGCGAAAGGCGGGAAGGCAGUCGUCGAGGCGGCAAGCGGAAACGUAACAAUCGCCCGCCCCCAAACAGUUCCGCCGUGCCACCUGUUAACGGUGGCACCAGCUCCCUCGACCCCGUGCCAGAGACCACGCAAAACUAAAACUCCAUAUAUCUUAAUCCACAAACUGUUUUAAAGUGUUUUUUUGUACACAAAAUUCGGUAGUUGUUAAGCUCGUAUUUUGACGGUUGUGCUAAAUGUGAGACAUGCGGCCGUUAAUUCUAAUGAGAGAAACUAAUAAACAUAGAGAGGAUAGAGGAUGAAGUGUGCAAGAGAGAGAAAGAAGAGAAUAACUAUUUUGCUACAGGUAGCACGCGGUAAGACGUCUUUGUAUGCUGUGUGACAAUUUGUGUGUAAAUUUUGCUAAUUAAUAAAUGUCUAAUUUGUUUUCGUCCAAUCUAAAGACAAAAGUUUGCCA